AUGCAGAUCAAAAUUAUGAUGGGAGUAGACCCCAAAGCUACUUUUAUAGGAGUCUGUUGUGAAGUUUCAGCACUCUCAACCUCUAAAAUCUGCAUGCUCAUUUGGGAGACCAACGUGAAAGCUCUCUCGAGGAUUCCCCACAUCAGCCCGGUAAGCCAGAAGCACCUGAAGAAUGUCUAUGCCAGCCUGACCCUCUGCAUGCUCGUGGCAGCCACAGGAGCCCAUCUCAAUGUGGUUACCCAUUUCUUCCAGGCUGGCUUUCUUUCAAUCUUGUGUUCUCUGGGAGUGUUAAUAUGGCUCCUGAACAUACCCCACAGACAGGAAACUGAGCCAAAGAGACUGUUUCUGCUGGCAGGAUUUGCUUUCCUCAUAGGGAUUGACUUGGGUCCUGACCUGGACACGUGCAUCGACAUCGACCCCAGCAUUAUCCCCUCCUCCUUCCUGGGCACAACAGUGACCUUCAGUUCUUUCACCUUGAGCUCAAUCUUUGGCCAUUGCCUUAGCUACAUCUACCUCAGCGCCAUCUUGGGAAUAGCCCUGAUCCUGAUACUCAUCUCUUACCUUGGGAACCUCUUCUUCAUCUCUACGUGGCUCUAUCAGGCAAACCUGUACUUUGGGCUGGCAUUCAUGUGUGGACUUGUUCUUUUUGAUACACAACUCAUCAUUGUUAAGGCAGAGAAAAAGGAUGAAGAUUAUAUCGGGCAUAGCAUGGACCUUUUCCUGGAUUUUGUUACCCUCUUCAGGAAAUUCAUGGUGAUCCUUGAAAUGAAUGAAAAAAACAAGCUGAAAAAUCAAUAA